GUGUAAACACGCAUAUCGAUAACGCCGGAAUCAAAGGCUAUCGUCGGUCGCGGAGAGGCCAUCAAAAAGUUCCUUUAAAGUUACGGAUUGUCAAACCAACUUUCCACGGACCCGACAAACGGAAACCUUCCUUAAAGUAGGAUGUUCAGGAGCUCGCCGAAUUUUGAGAAAUUGCUCGAUAAAGCUACGAGUAACCUACGACUCGAACCAGACUGGCCUACAAUUCUCCAGAUCUGUGACCUCAUACGUCAGGGUGACGUUCAACCGAAAGCUGCGCUCGCUGCUAUCAAAAGGAAACUGACGAAUGCCAAUCCUCACAUAGCAAAUUUUGGACUUUUGGUAUUGGAGUCGUGUGUAAAAAAUUGUGGCAGUUUAAUUCAUGAUGAGAUCGGUACAAAGCAGUACAUGGAACAACUGAGGGAGCUCAUAAAGACGUCGCCUCACGAGAACGUCAAGUUGAAAACCUUGGAAUUAAUUCAAGCUUGGGCAUUUGCUUUCCGGAACAGUGCAAAAUAUAGAGCGGUUCAGGACACUGUCAACAUCAUGAAAGCCGAAGGCUACAAGUUUCCAGCUCUGAAGGAGAGCGACGCAAUGUUCAGUGCAGACACUGCGCCAGAGUGGACGGAUGGGGAUGUGUGCAACAGAUGUCGCGUGGCUUUCAGCAUGGUGCAGCGAAAACAUCAUUGCCGAGCUUGUGGACAAGUGUUUUGCGGUCAAUGCUCCAGCAGAGUGUCGACGCUUCCGAAGUUUGGAAUCGAGAAGGAAGUGCGGGUCUGCGAGGCCUGCUACGAACAAGUGAACAAGAGCAACGCUGCACCAGCCAAGGAGACGGACCUUCCUGCCGAGUACUUGAGCAGUUCGCUGGCUCAACAGCAGCAGGUGCCAGCUCGCAAGACGUCGGAGGAGCUCCAGGAAGAGGAGGAGCUGCAGCUGGCCCUGGCGUUGAGUCAGAGCGAGGCGGAGCAGAAGGAGAAGGAGAAGCGACGCUCGACGACGGGGCCCAGGGCGAAGACGACCAUCUACUCGCCAGCCGCGUCCCCGGUAAGUCGAGUCUCGAGUCUCGGGGGGCCGACCUCUGACCUGCGCGUCUCGCGGCGGCAGGAGCCGAGCCCCACCAGGCUCCAGGACGAGGAGGAGGUGGACCCGGAGCUGGCCCGCUACCUGAACCGCGAAUACUGGGAGCAGCGGCAGUCCGCCGCCGAGGAGCCCGACUCCAGGACGGAGCUGGCCAGCCCCUCUGCCCCCAACAUCGGCAGCCCCAUGCCCGCCAAGGUCGUCCUCGCCAAACAGCGCAACGGGGAAGUCGACGGCCAGAUGGAGGAGUUCGUCGCCGCCCUUCGCUCCCAGGUCGAGAUCUUCGUCAACCGCAUGAAGAGCAACUCCUCCCGCGGACGGUCCAUCGCUAACGACAGCUCCGUCCAGACCCUCUUCAUGAACAUCACCGCUAUGCACUCCAGGCUCCUGCACUACAUCCAGGAGCAGGACGACAGUCGUGUCUACUACGAGGGUCUGCAGGACAAGCUGGCCCAGAUGAAGGACGCCCGGGCCGCCCUGGACGCGCUUCGAGAGGAGCAUCGUGAGAAGCUGCGUCGUCAGGCCGAGGAGGCCGAGCGGCUCCGUCAGCUGCAAAUGGCGCAGAAACUCGAGAUAAUGCGCAAGAAGAAGCAGGAGUACCUCCAGUAUCAGCGACAGCUCGCUCUGCAGCGGAUUCAGGAGCAAGAGCGCGAAAUGCAAAUGCGGCAGGAGCAACAGAAGCAACAAUACGCGAUGGCCGGAGCUGGAUAUCCCCCGGCCGUCCCGGGUUACCUGGGGCCAUCGGGCCAGAGCUCACCGGUCCGCCGCGUCCAGUACGGACCUGGACCAGGUUACGCCCCAGCUUCGCCCACCGGCCAGGGUAUCUACGUCUACGGGCAGCCUCCAAUGGCUCAGUACCCGCCCCCCAUGCAGACCUAUCGGGUGCCCCCGCCACCCCAUGCGGCUCCCAUGCCCGCGGACCCUGCUUCUUCUCGGCUUCCUGCUGCUCCUGGCCGAAUGAUGGCUCCGAUGGCAGCUCCACCAAUGCAAUCCAUGCAGCCGAUGCAGUCGAUACAGCCAAUGCAACAGGUGCAGCAGCCAGGAGGUCCUUCGCACCUCCAGAUGCCACAGGGACAGCCUGUGCAGCUGGGUCCGGGUCAGGGUGCAUCGGAGCCAAGCAUGCAGUCAAUGCCGCAGCCUAUGGCUCAGCCCAUGGCACAACCCAUGACCCAGUCGAUGACCCAACCAAUGAAUCAACCUAUAAGCCAACCCAUGGUGCAACCCAUGAAGCAACCGAUGAGUCCUCCGAUGAAUCCACCCAUGAAUCCACCCAUGAAUCCUCCCAUGGCUCAGCCAGGGGAACGAGUCAGCUCGAAUCAGUUCCCACCUCCAGAAAACUCUCGACCAGAAGGUCGUCCCAAGGAAGAGACUGCGGAGCUCAUCUCCUUUGAUUAGAUAUUCCUGGCUCCCGUGCCAUGAGAUCCUUGGAAUCUCCCAUUUAUCCUUUAACUCGAUACUUUCCAGGCUGCGUAUAUGAUCCUUGGGGUGAUAAGAGUCUGUUUGCCCUAAGUCGUCGAGUGUCAUGCAAAUUGGCCCAGCUUCUUCGAUGCUGGCUGCAACGAGGCGAUGCAAUUGUUCUAUGUGCUGAAAUAAAGGAGUCCGUAAUUGCAAAUCGGAGGGUUUCAUAGCCUCCCUUUUUGUAGGAAUUGACUGAGUGGUUUGGGA